AUGGCUUAUCCGGGACUGUCCCUUCCAUCGCCCCCUCUUCCCACUCCUCCUCUGUCCUCCAGGAAGAGACGCCGCCAUCUUCGCGAAUCCGAAGAUUCAGAAGGCGACAUGAUGAUUGAGCAAUACCUUAUCUCUACCGACCCAUACCGCACUAUCAGCAUCCCGAAUCCUCCACCCUAUCCAUUCGUGCUCGGGUUUGCGCCUGAUCUUGGUAGACGGAUACGACCAUUCAGCCAUGAAAUUUUAGGGACGCUUCAGCUGCACGGGUUCCCUUCCACGGUUUCAGUUCAGGCAGCCAAGGCUACUAAGCCACUCUACCCUGGAGGCGAUAAGCCCAUUGACCUGCUACGCGUUGUGCUGACGGAAAACGAUCCCACCCCGCCCCGCCUUGGCCCUGCUAAAGAUGACCUUGUGCAAGUUCUUCGUCGCCAUGGGCUUUUUGACGUGCAAGUAGAGAUUGUAAAUGUCGAUCUCUGCCACCGCCCUUCCCUUUACUACAUCCCCUCAGAUGACCCACUUGUGAUUGCCUAUGAGCACGCCAAGCACCUCAUUGUCAAGCUCCUGGAACGGAUCAUCCCAACCCAGUGGCAAAUGCUCUGCCCCUUCAAUAUUGGCCGCCGAGAGGCUAACAUGCAGCCGGUGAUUGCUGUUGUCGUAAAUUCGUUAGCAUUCGCAAAUUGGUUCGAAUUACGUUCUCAGAUCAUCUCUCUAGUCUUGCCAUACCAGCGAGAUGGGGCCGUUGAAGUCGAAUUCCUGCCAGGUAGCCUGACAUUGCUGAAUCGUUCAGGCGUUUCGUUCAUGGACCGACUCGACUCUAAUAGCAUUCCAGGAAUGGGCCACUCGGUCGGGAUUUACCAAGACAAGAAUGCGGGCACCCUAGGCGGGUACGUUACGUUGACCUGUGAUGGGAAGAUUCGGCGUGGCCUUUUGACGAACUAUCAUGUCGUGAGGCCCUCAGAAGCCCUGAGCGACCCUGAUUUCCUUGCAGACCUCGACCGCUCUGGUCUAACCUUCGCCAACUCACCGGCACGGAAGAUUCAGAUGGAGUCUCUCGCUCGUAUAGACCGUGACGCCACACUCACUGAUAUUGACGAGUCUCUGCAGUCACUACGCGACGCGAUCUCGCAGAUAACCACUCAAGUUGAAGGACAACAGACAAUGGGUAUCCAACCGCGAGCCAGCCUUCUACGGAGGCUAGAAGAAUUCCAGGCUCAACAUGUACAGGUGUUAGCUAAACGCGAGACCAUUGAACAGAUGCCCUAUAUCCUAGGUGAAGUGGUCCUUGCAUCCGGAACUUCAGUUCUAGGCAACCGACUAGUUGAUUGGGCUUUUGUUGAGCUCUCAGAGGAGGCCAAAGAAAGAUACUUCAGACCUAAUCAAAUGUUCGCGAUUCCUGACGAGUUAGCGCCGCGCAGAGUACUACCUGGACGGCGAGGGGAGAUCAUCCCUUCCGAAGGCGACAGCCUUACGGAGUUUGGUUCCUUAAAGGACGGGAAAUACUGCGCUAAGUUAGGUCGUUCGAGCAAGGUGACAGCUGGGAUUUGCCUUGGCGCUCAAGCCAUCUGCAAAUGGCCCGCCAAGGAUGGUACACGAUACGACCACGAUGGCAAUGCCAUCGACGUCGCGAAGAACCUCACGGACGCUUUCGUUAUCACAAGCAGAGUGUCCGAUGAGGCGGGUCGGAAGCAAGGUUCUUUUGUUCAAGAAGGAGAUGCGGGCGCUUUUGUUGUUGAUACUAAUGGGGCCGUUACGGGUUUACUCUUUGGGGGGCUCAUCGAUAUGCACAGCUAUGACUGUUAUGUUGGGUUGGCCAUCAGCAUGUCUGAUGUCCUAGAAUCCAUCAAGCUGAGGGCAGGGAAGUCUGCAUCCCUAAGUCUCCCCAACUGA